AUGCCGAAAAAGUUUGAUUAUAGCCUCAACUUUGUUUUAAUUAUUUUAAAUUUUCCCUCCGUUCCCGCACAACCAACCCUCAUCCCUUCACAUCCCUUCACAUCCCUUCACAUCCCUGCUCCCUCCGUCUCCUCCCUCCGUCCCACCCCACCUCAUCCCCGCCACACUCUCACUCACUGCUCGCCCCGCCAUCUGCUGCACAACACACGGGCGCACCCACUCUCCGCAAUGCUCCCCCUCUCCUUGCUCAAGUCCUCCACGGGCUACCCCAUCCUGGUCGAGCUCAAGAACGGCGACACGUACAACGGCCACCUUUCCAACAUCGACCAGUGGAUGAACGUCAACCUCAACGACGUCAUCCGCACCUCCAAGGACGGCGACCACUUCUGGUCCGUCCCGGAGAUGUACAUCCGCGGCAACACCAUCAAGUACCUCCGCGUCCCCGACGCCGUCCUCGACGCCGUCGCCGACGAGAAACACGCCCGCGACGCUACAGUACGUUGCAUUCAUCCCCUCAUCCUCCACCCACGCAUUCACCCUGUGUUCUGUCCAUAA